CAAUAUGGAUAAUAGCAUCAAGUCGAGCGGACCAGCUCCAUUUGUAUGUCUAUAUAAACAGCAGAGCAACACGCAGAGAGGCAAAGCAGAAGCCACACGCAGCACACAGACAAUGGCGUCUCACACGACAUUUUCUUGGAUUGCUUUGCAUCUGCUGGCUGUCCUCCUAGCGCCGGCGAGCGCUCAAGACCCGACGGCCGGGUUCACGGCCGUGAGCCUCAGCGAGAGCAACUUCCAGCUUCAGAAGCCGUACAACAUGCCGAGCAGCGCGCGGUAUAGCUUCGACGGCACGGUGCGGCGGAUCUGGGUGCUGUCCUCCGACGAGCCCUUUUCUCCACAGAGCGACACUAAGCCAAGAACAGAGAUGAGGAUGGCUGGAUACGACUACUCUUCCGGCGUGUGGCAAUUCGAGGGCUCCGUGUACGUGCCAUCGAGCACGUCGGGAGUGUCCAUCAUGCAGGUGUUUGGCGGCAGCGAGACGGCCACCACGUUGAUGCUGCACGUCUACAAUGGCGCGCUGAGGUACUACAACCAGAAGCCCGUCGAGGACAACGUCUACGACCGGUGGCUUCGGGUGAACGUGAUCCACGAUGUCGGCGCGUCGAGAUUCACCGUGUUCAUCGAUGGCGAAAAUAAACUGAGCGUCGGCGGACGCGGCGGCAACUCGCACUACUUCAAAUUCGGCGUCUACACGCAGAGGGACGCGUCCAGCCGCAUGGAGUCGCGCUGGAAGAACGUCAGGAUCCUCAAGAAAAACUGAUAUGUCCAAUCGCUCUCACAGCAGCUUAUAUCUAUUUGUUUCUCUCUCUGUCGUGUAUCCAUCGUGCUGGUUGUUUCAAGCCCGAGCGCGUGUACUCGCACAGUCAGUCGUGAGGAACCAUAGUUGAGGUGUCUCUCUACGUCGCCGGGUGGGGUGUACGCAAUCGCGCCUUGACGACGUACGUACCCAGUACUCGUUUCUCUUUCGCUGCUACCAGCACCGGCAGGAAGGAAGUACUAGUCCUACGUGGCUUCUCUUAGCUCCGUGACGUCGGCAUGACGUGCAGGCGAUUAUUUAUUAUUCUUCCUUCUGCAAUCACGGCCGUCUCCUAGUUCCCACAGCGCGUGCACGUCGGCCGCCGCCGCCUGCCGGCGUCCUCGUCUCCUUCCUCUCCUCAUCAAUCUUUUUGUUUUUCCUUUUUCCCCUCCAUUGCAAUGUCGAUCGAGCACGCACGCUCCGGCCUGCCGGGAUCUUCCCUUCUAAAAAAAAAUAGCCAUCUCAUCAAAGAGAAAGUGCCACUCAUCGUUUUCUGUGCUCCCGACUUGCUCUCAAAUAGCAAAAUCAACUAAUGUGUUGAACAACCAAUGAGAUGAAGCCAAAGAACCGCCGCUGCUGCAUAAUCACUGGGAUUGCAUUGCAAAAGAAAGGAGGAUGCUAAUAAGCGAGGACCUCGGGGCCA